UCAGCAAAAAGUGAGGUUAAGUAGUCCGCGGGCUUUUCUUGUUGACGGAUUUUCAAUAUUUUGGUCAGAAAAAAAUGAGAAGAUCACAAGCUCCGUCAAUUAAAAGACAAUUGGGAAGUUCUUCUAGUGUUCGUGGAAGUGAAAUUGGUAACCCCAGCAAAUGUUUGAAGCUGUCAGAACGUGUGAGUGCAGGCCCUCUGAGGGAAUUUCAGCCUCAAAGCCAUCAACAAAAUGAUCCCGAUGCUCCAGUUCCAGUACAGAAUGCUGCAGUAAGGGCUAAGUAUGCCGUUCUGUGGAAUCGUCCAAACAACAAAAAACACAAAACCUGGGAAGGCGAUGGAACUCUCGAAUUAACAGAGAAUACUGUGUAUUUGAGAAAUGUCGAUGGGACAGUCAUCUCUUCGAUGCCAAUCUCAGCCAAAGGCGUGGAGUUUGAGGAUGGUAUGAGGCUUACAAUUGGUUCCAAAGAAGUGGAAAUUGUAGAGAGACUUGAUGAAGAAGUGCAAAAAGAAGAGGAAGUCGUGCAAAAACCCAGAAAUAUCGUGAAACCCCUGAGCUUAAGCAGUGUCCGGAAAGGAGAAAGUACUGGAGGAUUGAUACUUCCCAGUCCUCCAAAUGAACAUCAGAUGGUGUUUAACAGGGAUGGUAAAGCUGUGAAUCCUGUGAGGGUUGUAGAAUCUGUGGCAAAGCAUUUGAGAACGCACCAGAAGGAAGGAGUUUUCUUUCUCUAUGAAUCUCUAAUGGGAUUUCACAAUCCCGAGGCUGAGUACCAUGGGGCUAUUCUUGCUGAUGAAAUGGGGCUCGGGAAGUCACUCCAGGUUAUUGCCACAUGCUACACCCUCUUGAGACAAGGCCCAUAUGGAAGGAGUAUUGCCAGGAAAAUUUUGAUUGUCUGUCCCAGUAGUUUGGUGGAGAAUUGGAGUCGGGAAGUGAACAAAUGGCUGGGAGAAGAGAGAAUCUUUGCUUUUUGCGUAGAUGGGAAGCACAAAGUUAAGGAUUUCAGUGUCUCCUCCACGAUGCCAUUCAUUAUCCUCUCAUACGAGAUGGUCUCAACGCAGCUUCAGCAUCUCGGAGGGAUGAUGUUUGAUGUUAUGGUCUGCGACGAGGGUCACAGGCUGAAAAAUAGUGACACUAAAAUUGUUCAGCUCCUGAAUGGAUUGGAUUGCAAAAGGAGGAUCAUCCUGACGGGAACACCCAUCCAGAAUGAUCUCCAUGAAUUUUUCUGCUUGGUAAAUUUUGUCCAGCCGGAUAUUCUAGGAACUUAUGCUCAGUAUAGGACCAAGUAUGAGAUUCCAAUAGUCAAUUCCCAAGCUCCUUCGGCAUCUUCCACUUUUCGAGCCCUGGGAGAGGAGAAAGUUCAGGAAUUGAAUGAGAUUACAGCAAAAGUGAUCCUCAGGAGGACACAAGCCAUCAAUCAGGAAUAUUUGCCGGAAAAAGAAGAAGUUGUUGUCUUCUGUCGUCCUUCGGAAGUUCAGGAUUUUCUGCAGGAGCGCCUUCUUGAGCUGUAUGACGAAAGUGAGGGAAGUGUUUCUCCUCUGAAGAUGAUCUCUCUCCUGAGGAAGAUUUGCAACCAUCCAGCACUUUUGGCCGCUGUGGAAGAUGAAGAUGGCCUCAUGGAGAGGAUGUCUGAACAUCUUCCCUCUGCUGGAGAGUUGGGAGCUAAAGAUUCCGGGAAGCUAGUAAUCCUGGAGGGAAUUUUGAAGAGUUUACAAGAGACUGGGGAGAGAAUUGUGGUAGUUAGUCACUCGACAAAGGCUCUGGAUCUCAUUGAAGGACUCUGUCAGCAUUUUGAGUUCCCAAGUUGCCGCCUAGACGGUUCCACAAAUUCCUCAGAGAGGCAAAAAAUUGUGGAUAGAUUCAACAGUCAUUCCGGGGAUGAAUUUAUUUUUUUGCUAUCGGCAAAAGCCGGUGGAACAGGCCUGAAUCUCAUUGGAGCUUCCAGACUUGUGCUAUUCGAUGCUGACUGGAAUCCAGCGACAGAUCUUCAAGCAAUGUCAAGAAUCUGGCGAGAUGGGCAGACCAGAAAUGUCGUAAUCUAUCGAUUGGUAACAGCUGGAACCAUCGAAGAGAGAAUCUUCCAGAGGCAAAUUAGCAAAAAUUCCCUAAGUGGCUUUGUCAGUGAAUCCAGGGACAGUGUCAAUUUUUCCGAUGCAGAACUCAGAGAUCUUUUUGCUCUAGCACCAGGGAGUGAAGUUUGUCUAACCCAUGAGGCUCUUCAGUGUCCCUGUGGUGGAGCUGGAAGUAUCCCUGAGCCCCAGGAACAUGGAAUUUCUCUGCAAAUGAGUGACCUGAUGCAAUGGGAACAUCAUUCUCGACCAAUAAAAGAAAAACUUCUUGAGGAACUCUGCCUCAGCCAUUCAGCCGAUGACAUUGUAUUUCUCUUCCGGAAUCCUUCGCAAGUGCCUCAAUCUUCGUCAUUCUCCAAGUAAAUGUGACUCCCAAAUCUGCCAUAUAGCUGAGAUUUUAAGUCCCCAAUGAUAUCACCCAACUCUUUACACUUGGACUCGAUCUCUUUGAUCUCUUUCUUCUUCUUCUCCUUGGCUUCCGUGAGGAGUUCCUGGGUUUUGGGCAGAUUGUGCGAGAUGAAGACUUCACCCAAUAAAAAUGGGAUUUGUUCAUCUUCAUCGAACAGUUCUAUCUCAUCACUUGCCUCCUCAAGAUUCUUCAGAUCGUUCUGCUUAACUUUCAACUCUUCCUUGAGAUCCUCGAGCUUAGCAUUGUGCUUCGCGAAGAUGUUUAUCUUCUGUUGAUCCUCAAAUGUAAUAUGAACAUCUGAAUCCUAAAAAAGGAAAUUUGAGAAAAUUAUAUAUUUCUAAAGGA